AUGUCCUCCGUCUGGAACCCCGACAACGUGCGAGAUGUCGCCGAAUCAGUAGGCAUCGCCUCACUCGCCGACAACGUCGUUGAAGAGCUAGCGCGUGAUGUCGACUUCCGGCUUGCGCAGGUACUGGAGGAGGCGCUGAAGUUCAUGCGACACGGCAAGCGGACGACAUUGAGUACACAGGACGUGUCCAACGCACUGAAAGUAUUAAAUGUGGAGCCCCUUUACGGAUAUGAAUCCACUCGACCGCUGCGUUUUGGCGAGGCUUCCCUGGGCCCUGGCCAGCCGUUGUACUAUGUCGAAGAUGAGGAGGUGGACUUUGAGAAGUUGAUCAAUGCGCCGCUGCCCAAGGUACCACGAGAGAUCACAUUCACAGCUCACUGGCUCGCCGUAGAAGGCGUACAACCAUCGAUACCUCAGAACCCAACUGCGAUCAACCAAGGAGACCUGUUGCCCAAGGGAACGAACGCAAACCCGCAUCUCGCAGCAGCCAACGGACUGGACAAUGUCAACGUCAAGCCGCUCGUGAAACAUGUGCUCUCCAAAGAAUCGCAAGAGCUGUUCGCCAAGCUCUCUGGCGCGCUCAUCGACGAGACGAACAUCGAAUGGCAGAACGCAGCCCUCGCAGCCAUCCGAACGGAGCCUGGUAUCCACCAGCUAACGACCUACCUCCUCACAUUCAUCGCUGAGAAGGUUACACACAAUGUGAAAAACCUAUUCGUACUGCAGCAGAUGAUGCAGGCCACUAGCGCAUUACUGGACAACCAGGCCAUCUAUCUGGAUCCAUACGUCGCCUACAUGGUGCCGCCUGUCUUGACAUGUUGUACAGGCAAGUACUUAGGGCCAACAACACAAACAGCGUCCUCGAACGCCUCGUCAGAAACACUCAACGGUGUUGGUGCCAACGGUCAUUCGAGUGGCCCGGAUCACUUUAGAUUACGACAACUGGCUGCGUCCAUCCUUAGCCGCAUUUGUCAGAAGUACGGAUCGUCGAACCAGGGGCUCAAAUCACGAAUUGCAAGGACCUGUCUCAGACAGUUCAUGGAUAUUGGCAAGCCGCUCGGCACACACUACGGUGCACUGCUAGCGCUACUGAUCAUCACUGGCAACGAAGGCAUGACAAUGCUUGUGUUGCCCAACCUGAAGAUGUACAACGACGAUGUGCUCAAGGGCGCUCUAGCGGACGAGGGCAAGAAGAAGGACGCAGAGCGAGUGCUCGCUAUCCUGGUCGAAGCCAUCAAAGCACUGGGGAACACGACAUCAGCAACGAUGACCAAUGGCGUUGCCGAUAUUGAAGGAUUGAGAGAACGACUGAACGACAAGGUCGGCGACAUUAUUGCCGAUCAGAUCAUCGCCAACAAACUUUCGGCGGCUGCGCAGGUUAUUUUGGAGACAGAUCUCGUCUUCGACCUCCUGGCUUCGCUCGGCCUCGCCAACAAGCACGCAAAGCUUCUCUUCCUCGGCCUCGACAAUGCCGGAAAGACAACGCUCCUGCACAUGCUCAAGAACGACCGCGUAGCAGUCCUGCAACCAACUCUCCACCCCACCUCCGAGGAGCUCUCCAUCGGCAACGUAAAAUUCACAACCUUCGAUCUUGGAGGCCACGCACAAGCCCGCCGCUUAUGGCGCGACUACUUCCCCGAAGUCAGCGGCAUUGUGUUCCUCGUCGAUGCCAAGGACCACGAGCGUCUUGCUGAGUCGAAGGCCGAGCUCGAUGCGCUGCUUGCGAUGGAGCAGUUGGCUAACAUUCCGUUUGUGGUGCUUGGAAACAAGAUCGAUCAUCCGGAGGCCGUGUCUGAGGAUCAGUUGAGGGCGGAGCUUGGGCUGUACCAGACGACGGGUAAGGGUAAGGUGCCGCUGGAGGGUAUUAGGCCGAUUGAGGUGUUCAUGUGCAGUGUGGUUAUGAGGCAAGGUUACGGAGAGGGUAUCAGGUGGCUCAGUCAGUACGUCUAA